AUGGCACCCAAAAUAUCCCCUGUCACCACUCACGAAAGCUCUUCUCCUCUUGAAACCGACGAAGUCGAUUUGCUUUCUCAUGGUCACAACAAAACACAACGUUCGAAAUUCAUGUCUUUCUGUUUGUCAGUCCGUUUGUUUCUCAUCAUAGUUAUCACUUCUGUGGUCUUGCUCACAGCUGUAUCUAUUUGGCUCACUAGCUUUGUUGUCAAUGAAACAUAUGCCAUGAAAUCUGUCAACGUCAUUAUUGACAACAUUAAUAACAAGGUUGUCUCGUUCCUAUCAAGUCAAUUACUUCCAGCUAAACAAGUGGCUGAAGAAGUAGCAAAUAAUUAUCACUACUCUUAUAUUGAUGUGGUGGAUAGCAUUCGAUAUUAUUUGUUUUCCAAAAUGAAAACCUUUCAAAUCACCUUGGUCAAUUUGGCACUAGCAGAGAAUGGUCUCAACCAAUUGCAAGCCCUGACUUGGGGUCUAGAUGCUUCGACACAAUCCAUGGAACUUGUGUAUGCUAAAAAGAUGCCUGGUGAAAACUUUUUGACAUACGUUCUCAAUAAGGAGACUGGAGUGAUUGAUCGACCUUAUUUCCUCAACUUGACAAAAUAUCCCAUUGCAUACGUGGAUUAUUACAUUGAAUCUAAACAAUUGUUUAAGAAAUAUCCAAAUGGUGCUUUUGGUUCUGUCUAUCAAGUCAUUAACUCUUCAUUGCAAACGUUUUGGACAACUCCAGUCUAUAACCGAACGGACUUGUCAAAGAAACAACGGAUUGGAAUUGCAAAAGUGAACAUUGGUCUUGAUAUGAUUGCCAUGUUCCUUUCUUCUCUCAAAGUUUUGGAUCGAGGUUACAUUGUUCUGUCUGAAUACGAGAGUGGUUAUGUCAUUGGAAGUUCUUUAGAAAUUGCUGAUUUUCAGUAUAAGAGAGUGAAUGCAUCUGACAUUUCGACAAGAAAUGCAGGAACCAUUAUGAAGCAAGUCAUUGAAACACAGGUAGAGACUGUUCAAUUUUCAACAACUGUGAAUGGUGUUUCCUAUUUGGUUUCGAGUAGUCCCUUUCAAUUUUAUAACCUAAAGUGGCGAUUGACACUUGUCUUUGAGGAAAAUGAAAUUAAGGAAGGUAUCAUUAUGAGCAGCUAUAUCAUGAUAGGUGUCACUUGUGCAGUUGCACUGUUGGGUGUCACCAUUAGUAUUGUGGUUGGCUAUAUUGUGACAAAACCCCUUUCCAAGUUGCAACAAGACUUCAAAAAGAUUGAAAUUCUAGAUUUGUCAAAUAUCAAGCCAAGAACUUCCUUCUUCUCUGAGGCUAAAAGUAUUUACUCAAGCUUGACUGACACGGUUGCAUGGUUGAGCGAAUUCAGAGCCUUCUUGCCAGACUCUGUGUUGAAUCAACUUCAUCGUGGUAUGUCAACAGAUGAAUCAAAAGAUGCCAUGCCAAAUGUCGCCAAUAACAAAUCACAAGCAAAUCUGUCCGAGUCUGCUUCAAUGGCUUCGCGUUCACAGGCUAGUGAAUCAAAAGUUGGAGAAAGUGCUCUUCACAUGAACACAACAUCAGGUCAUACAUCCAGUCUGAAUUCUCACAACAUGUUUAAAUUGGGUCUCAGCGAUAAACAUUGUUGUGUCUUGCACAUUCAUGUGGCCAACUUGGAAGAGGAAUUCCAGGAUUCAGAAGAAUUAACAUCCACCAUUUCCAAACUCUUGACAGGUGUAUCAACCAUUUGUAAAACAGUAAGAGCAGAUUUACAAAUUAAGAGUUAUUGUGAAUACAGCAUUAUCUUUGCCGAUAAGCCUAACGGAGUGAUUCAGAUGGGAUUAGAUACGACUCUAAAAAUUUUGACAGCUCUUUCCCACAUUAAUGCUACUCUGGUGAAGAAUUCUCAUCAACCACUUCGAGUGGGAAUUGGAGUUGCAAGUGGUGUUUGUGCUCAAGGCAAUGUUGGAAAUAGACAAAUGAGAUACUUUGCUCUUGUAGGUCCUGUGGUGAAAAGAGCCAAAGAUUUGUCCCUCAUUGCAUUGGAGCUUGGAAUUCCAACAGCCGUUGACAAGGCCUCCUACGCUCUUGAAAAAGAUAAUUUCAUAUUUAGACCAGUCGAGAGGUAUUUGCAAGACAACUCUAUUUCUACAGUAUAUGAAUUGAGGUCACGUAAUCAAAUAUCGAAUGAAGAAUGGCUAUAUGAGCUUCAACAGGUCAAGAACAACUCAAAAUACACAGAAUAUGCUCAAUACUUUGAUAAAUUAUUUGAAGAGGGGGAGAACGACCAAGCAGAAACUGGAAAGAAUAUGAAGGAUUUCAUUGGACAAUUUUUGAUGAAAUAUCCAGACGACAAGUCAGAUGCCUCAUAUUAA